AUGGCUGACUCAAACGACCGUAUUGAGGGAACAUCGACUUCUACAGACAAUGCUGCCAACGAUGCGGCUUUGCAAGAGAAGCUUAUCAAUGAAGAAUACAAGAUCUGGAAGAAAAACACGCCAUUUUUGUAUGAUUUGGUGAUGACACACGCACUCGAGUGGCCGUCACUUAGUGUUCAAUGGCUACCAAACUCUCACAUCUCAGCAGGUGAUGACUUUUCGGUGCAUAAGCUGCUAUUGGGCACGCAUACGUCUGGAGCAGAACAGAACUAUCUGAUGGUUGCAGAGGUUCGUUUACCCCUUGAAGAUACGGAAAUUGACGCUCGUAAGUACGACGAAGAGAGUCAGGAGCUUGGCGGGUUUGGUGGCGUCUCGGGCAAAGUGGACAUUAAGAUCCGCGUCAACCAUGACGGUGAAGUUAAUCGCGCACGAUAUAUGCCGUCUGAUGAGCUAGUUGUGGCUACCAAGACCCCCCAUGCAGAAGUGCACGUAUUUAAUAUCUCGAAGCGACCGUCACAACCCGAGCAGAACUCGGGUUGUGACCCCGACUAUCGCCUUUUGGGCCACUCAAAAGAAGGGUAUGGUCUCUGUUGGGACCCUCACCAACCUUUUCACCUAAUAUCUGGUUCAGAUGAUGCAAUCAUCUGUGAGUGGGAUAUUAGCAAUGCUGGCAAGUCAUUGGAGCCGCUGCACAAAUAUAGCGGACAUUGUGAUGUGAUUGAAGAUGUCGCGUGGCAUAUGCACAACACUAAGAUUUUCGGCUCUGUUGGUGAUGACAAAAAAUUACUCAUCUGGGACAUGCGCUCAGAGAGCUUCGACAAACCGGCAACGAUUGUAUAUGCACACACUGCAGAGGUCAAUUGCCUAGCUUUUAGUCCAUUCAGUGAGUAUCUCAUUGCAACGGGCUCAGCCGACAAGCACGUGAAUCUAUGGGAUAUGCGUAACAUGAAGGCCAAACUGCAUUCAUUUGAGGGCCACAAUGAUGAAGUUUAUCAGAUUCAAUGGUCUCCACAUAACGAGACCAUUCUGGGCUCCUGCUCUUCUGACCGUCGUUUGCACGUUUGGGAUCUUAGCAAGAUUGGUGAUGAACAAACCCCGGAAGACGCUGAAGACGGACCUCCCGAACUUUUAUUCAUUCACGGUGGCCACACUUCAAAAAUUUCCGAUUUCUCAUGGAACCCGAAUGACCCGUGGGUUGUAGCCUCAGUAGCUGAAGACAACGUUCUACAAAUUUGGCAAAUGGCAGAGAACAUUUACAACGAGGAAGAUGAGACGGAGCAGGAAGAGGUGGCUGAAGAAGACCUGGAGUAG